AUGUUAAAGAGACGAACUCGCACUGUAUUUUGUGCGAAUCAAGUACGCGAAUUAGAAAAUGUAUUUAAAUUAUCGCAUUAUCCAGAUUCAACAUUAAGACAAAAACUCACUCAGCUCACAGGAUUAUCAGAAUCAAAAAUUCAAAUAUGGUUUCAAAACCGUCGUGCCAAAUGGCGAAAACAAAAUCAGUUACGUCAUUUUGGUGGUUUGCAAGAUAUUGUCACAACAGAUUUUUUUGUUCCAGCACCUAAAUCAACAUUCGUUCAUCCAGCGACAAAUAUGGAAUAUUCGAAUCAAAAUCUGUACAAUAUGCCGGAUAACACUGCAAUGAUCAACGGUAAUCCAAUACCAGUCUACAUGAAUGAUAUGUUAUCUCAAAUUCAUUGUUUACCAAAUUACCUACUGUAUCAUGCACUCCAAGCAAUAAACAAUAGUUAUUCUAUGUCACCAUGA